CUUUGGUGAUUAUGUGGGACACCGCUGGGAAACGGGCGCCCCCCAUUCCCAGAUAGUGGACUCGUCCUAACACUGCCAUGUUGGAUGGAUCUGGCUCUGGGCUCUCUGGCGGCCGGACUUCCCAGGAAAGUUUUUACCGAUUUCCGUCCUCGCUCAGUCGCUGCAGUUUUCACCUCAUUUUAAAGAGGAGCGGGACGUCGCGUUGCUCUCCUAACCCGCACACAUUUUGCGGCACCCCACUCACGCAGGCCCCCCGGGAUAAAAACCGAACCGGUGCGAGGGGGUCGGAGGAAGGCCACGGAUGACCGAGGGAUUGUUUAUGUAUCUUUUUGGCUCCCAUAUAACGAGUUACAGUCGCUGCAUACUUUAUACAUUGAUCACCAAUAAUGAGCGGACAUCCGUCGCAACGGCGGCAAACAAAUGUCGGUUCGAUACUACUGACACCGCAGGAAAAUGAAUGCCUUUUCAACCACCUUGGCAGGAAAUGCAUCACAUUGUCUUCAGCAGUGGUCCAGGUGUUCACAGCAGAAAGGAACUCCAGCUGGAACAAGAGAUGCUGCGGGGUGGCCUGUCUGGUCAAAGACAAUCCCCAACGAUCCUACUUCAUCAGGGUCUUUGACGUGAGGGAUGGUAAGAUGAUGUUCGAACAGGAGCUGUACAGCAACUUCAACAUCUACCUCCCUAAACCUUACUUCAUCACAUUUGCUGGAGAUACAUGCCAAGUGGGUCUAAACUUUGCCAGUGAGGAGGAGACCAAACGUUUCCGUGGUCAUGUGGGAGAGCUAAUGGGGAGAAGACAGAGAAAAACUGAGAAGAGACGCGACCCUCUGAAUGGCCCAACGUUGCCCAUGGCUACCGUGGACAUCAAAAACCCAGAGAUCAGCAAUGUACAUCGUUACCAUAACAACUCUCAGGUGAACAACAUUGUCCACUCCUCCUUCCCCAAGAGGGAGAAGAAGACCAAGGGGAAGAAGAAGCGGUUAACCAAGGCGGACAUCGGCACACCGAGCAACUUCCAGCACAUUGGGCAUGUAGGAUGGGAUCCAAACACAGGCUUUGAUUUGAAUAACUUGGACCCAGAGCUGAAGAACCUGUUUGAUAUGUGUGGCAUCUCUGAGGCUCAGCUGAAGGAUAAGGAGACCUCUAAGGUCAUCUAUGACUUCAUCGAGAAGAAAGGAGGCGUAGAAGCUGUCAAAAAUGAGCUACGGAGACAAGGUCCGCCCAGGUGGAGUGCUCCUCCACCCCCUCCAUCCAGAGGUGGCCCUCCUCCCCCACCCCCACACCACAGCUCAGCUCCUCCUCCCCCUCCCCCUGCCCGGGGGCGAGGUGCCCCGCCGCCUCCUCCCCCAGCUGAAGAAGGUGGAGCAGAAAGAGAGGCCGGUGUCCAGCACCGGCAGAGACGCACUCCUGGACCAAAUCCGACAGGGAAUCCAACUUAAACCGAAGGGGGAAAACACAGAUUCAGCUCCUUCCACCCCGGCACCCUCGGCAGGCAUCGUGGGGGCUCUGAUGGAGGUGAUGCAGAAACGGAGCAAGGCUAUUCACUCUUCAGAUGAGGAUGAUGAUGAUGAAGAUGAAGAGGACUUUGAAGAUGAAGAUGAAUGGGAGGACUAGCGAUAUUUUUUUGUUUUUGUUUUUUUGUCCCCUCCCCCAAUAACCCCUGGAUGAUUCUGACACUAAAAUUGUUCUUGUCUUUCUAAAAAGAAAUCUUUAAUUUCAAAAUUAUAAAUGUAAAUGUUCUAUCGAUUUGCUGUAUAUUUUUGUUGCCUUUAUGCUUUUUUUUUUUAUUAAUCUGUGCAAUACCUCAUUUAAUCUGUAAAUGUUUGUCAUUCUCAUACCUUAGGUUGUUGUUUCUUUAACUCCGUCACUGUCCGUCUCUGUUGGCUCCAUCUCCGUCACUCGAUAGCAAUAUGUCACGUCUCUUUUUAGCUGUUCGGCUUUCUCCGUCUCUACCCAUCUCUUUCUCCUCCUCCCACGUCCCCCAAACUCUUCUCCUCUAUCUGUCACUCCAUCCUGUCAGCCAACCUUCAUAUUUUCUGCCUCCCAUCAUCCCAUCUCACACACGUUCCCUCCGUGUCGCUCUCGCCGUGUUCCCACUCCCCAGAUUGACAUGUGCAAUUUUACAUCAAGUUGUCUCUUGAAACUUAGAGUUGAAUGUUGUUUUCUUUUCUUCUUUUCUUUUGGUCAGUGAUUGAAGGGGGAGGGCUUACAAAAUUCCACAAAUCCUUCAUCAAUCAUGUCGUCAUUGUUCGUCAGGAAAAAAAAAUUAACUAUUUUCAUACCCUAUUGCUCUCUAGUUUAUUUUUACGUAUUCAAAUGAUCCUAGUUUAGCACUCAUAUUUUCUUAAAACAAAGAAGAAAAAAAGGAAAAGGCUCUUUUUGGAAUAUUUAGCUUCAUUUUGCUGUCGACUGUAAAUUUGCUCCAGAGUUUGAGUCUUGUUAUAUUUUUGCACAGAUUGAAAGAGAGGACUUGCUGCAUGAAUACAGGACAUUUUUCAGGUCUGUAUCAUUAUGGAACAUACAUAUGCUUUAAGUAAUGAGGCAAAAUACACUUGGACGUUUUUAAACCGUUAACCUACUGCAGUACACACAUGAACGUGGCCCCAGCAAGUAUGGCUGGCCAUCUGUUGUGAAUUGUAGUCUUUUUUUCUUUUUUUUUUGUCACUGUCACACUACAGAUUCAGUUCAAAUUGUGUUUUGCUUUUUAUCUUUUUCUUUUUUUUUACAGUAGCAAGCAGAGUAUUCAUACAUGCCUGUUUGUUGGAAUCAGGUCAUUGUGUAAAGCUUUGAGGAAUAAAGACAUUUUAGUUUUACACACCUGAUGCUUAUAAUGGGUCCAUAUGCUCAGUUACUGUACAGAAACAGCGGGGCUAAAGUACAGUUGCUCCUGUAUUUAGACACUAAGUGCUGACACAGUGUAGGGAGAAACACUAGAUUCAUGGCAUUAUUCAAACAAGUAUCAAUAUUUUCUUGACUAACUAGUAAAUCAUGAGGUGUAAUAGAGGAAUUACUUGUUAAAAAGAACAGUGGUCAAUUAUUCUCUACAAAGACCAAGUAGUUGGAUGUCGACAUAUAUUUUAUCUAAACUAAAUAUUUCCCAAUAAUUCUUGCUAUGCAUUUAUUUAAAGGUGGGUUUGUCACAAAGGACAAAACUUUAAAUGCCAAAUCAAUUACAAACAGGAUCAAAAAAUCUGCUUCUUUAUUUUUAAUAAAAGACAACUGCAAUGGCAUAACUUUCUAACCAACGAGAGUAGAUAUGUUUCUCUCUUUUAAAGCUACUGUAACUCAUUUAACAACAGCUACUGCAGCCACAAGUGACAAUUAUGGAAAAAUGCUCAAAUCUACUAUAACAGCAGCACAAAUGGAACGAAAUAAAGUAAUGUCAAUCUAAAGUUUGCUAACAUCUUCCAGCAUAUGCUAACUGGUCAUAAAAAAAAACGAGCGUACUCAGUUAAGCAAGAGUGCGUUUUAUUGCUAAGGAAUAAAAAAUGUCAUUUGUUAGAGGAAGAACUUGUUUCUUCUUUUAAAAGUUACAAAGUCUCACUUUAAAUCUUAGCAUUGAAGGGUACCAGAGCUGCUAACUGCUAACCUUUUUUUUCCCCCUUUAAGCGUCAGAUUAAGCUCAGCCUUUCAGGGGUUCUCUAUGGCAGCCAUGUUAGCGCCACGGUAGCUGUUCAAACAUUUUUUGUAAAUUAGGGAUCGUUAACUGCACUUUCGGGUUUGAGUAAAUAAAAGUUUUGUCCUUUAAAAUAAAGAACAUCUUGUAAAAACAUUACCUUACUUGGCUAGUUAGUUAGCUGCAUAGCACUCAGUGGAUAGACCUAACAUUAGCAUUCCUGAAUGAGGUUUGCUAAUUAUGCACAUGCUAACACGUAGCAUGCUAGAAUUGCUAACAUGUUUUGGGUUUUAGUUGAGCUAAUAUAGAUAAUAGUCUUAUCCAGCAAAAAUAACACAACAUGACUAAAUGUUUUUUGAUCUUUGUUUUUGUUUGUUUGUUCCGACUGUUUGCAAAAGAAGAGGAAUGUCAGUGUCCUCUUUAAAUUCUGUCUUUGAGAGACAAAUUGCCACUUGUUUGAUGUAAGAACUGACCUCUUUUGUCAAAUAUCAAGAUACUUUUUUGGGAAAAACCUAGCCAUGUUUUCGCUGAUGUUAGCUUCUAUAGGUAACUCGGUUAAUAAGAUGUUAUGGCCAACAUCAUGUUAUGUUAUGGCAAGCCUUAUCAGUGAGGCUUGACAAACAAUGAACUCUUACAUUGUACACUCCAAUAAAAGGUUGAUAUUUACAUA